AUGGGCGACAUGGCCAACAGUUCCAUCGAGUUCCACCCCAAACCCCAGCAACAGCGGGAGGCCCCCCAAGCAGGUGGCUUCGGGUGUACCCUGGCUGAGCUGCGUUCCCUCAUGGAGCUCCGAGGGGCUGAAGCACUGCAGAAGGUCCAAGAAGCCUACGGGGAUGUCAGUGGGCUUUGCAGGAGGCUGAAGACCUCGCCCACAGAGGGCCUGGCCAACAAUGCCAACGACUUGGAGAAGCGCAGGCAGAUCUACGGGCAGAACUUCAUCCCCCCCAAGCAACCUAAGACCUUCCUGCAGCUGGUGUGGGAGGCCCUGCAGGACGUGACCCUCAUCAUCCUGGAAGUGGCCGCCGUCGUCUCCUUGGGCCUUUCCUUCUAUGCGCCGCCGGGAGAGGAGAGCGAAGCAUGUGGGAACGUGUCAGCCGGGGCGGAAGAUGAAGGGGAGGCCGAGGCCGGCUGGAUCGAGGGAGCCGCCAUCCUGCUGUCGGUCAGCUGCGUGGUGCUGGUCACAGCCUUCAACGACUGGAGCAAGGAGAGGCAGUUCCGGGGCCUGCAGAGCCGCAUCGAGCAGGAGCAGCGGUUCUCAGUCAUCCGGGAUGGCCAGCUGCUGCAGGUCCCCGUGGCCGCCCUGGUGGUGGGGGACAUUGCACAGGUCAAGUACGGAGACCUGCUGCCUGCCGACGGCGUGCUCAUCCAAGGCAACGACCUCAAGAUCGACGAGAGCUCCCUGACCGGCGAGUCGGACCACGUGCGCAAAUCAGCGGACAAAGACCCUAUGCUGCUCUCAGGUACUCAUGUCAUGGAAGGUUCUGGAAGAAUGGUGGUGACUGCCGUUGGUGUGAACUCCCAGACAGGCAUCAUCUUUACCUUGCUUGGAGCCGGUGGAGAAGAAGAGGAGAAGAAGGAUAAGAAAGGUAAGGAAGCGGUGACCUCCAGCAAGCAGCAGGACGGGGCGACGGAGAGUAGCCAGACCAAAGCUAAGAAGCAGGAUGGGGCGGUUGCCAUGGAAAUGCAGCCCCUGAAGAGCGCGGAGGGCGGGGAGAUGGAGGAACGGGAGAAGAAGAAAGCCAGCGUGCCCAAGAAGGAGAAGUCGGUCCUGCAGGGCAAGCUCACCAAGCUGGCCGUGCAGAUCGGGAAAGCAGGACUGGUGAUGUCCGCCAUCACUGUCAUCAUCCUGGUCCUCUACUUCGUGAUUGAGACCUUCGUCGUGGACGGCCGGGCGUGGCUGGCCGAGUGCACGCCCGUCUACGUGCAGUACUUCGUGAAGUUUUUCAUUAUCGGUGUCACGGUGCUGGUUGUGGCCGUCCCGGAGGGCCUGCCUCUGGCUGUCACCAUCUCCUUAGCUUACUCCGUCAAGAAAAUGAUGAGGGACAACAACCUGGUCCGCCACCUGGAUGCCUGUGAGACCAUGGGCAAUGCCACUGCCAUCUGCUCAGACAAGACGGGCACACUCACCACCAACCGUAUGACCGUGGUCCAGUCCUACCUCGGGGACACCCACUACAAAGAAGUUCCAGCCCCCAGUACCCUGACCCCCAAGAUCCUUGACCUGCUGGUCCACGCCAUCUCCAUCAACAGUGCCUACACCACCAAAAUACUACCUCCAGAGAAAGAAGGUGCCCUCCCACGCCAAGUGGGCAACAAGACGGAGUGUGCUCUGCUGGGUUUUGUCCUGGACCUGAAGCGGGACUUCCAGCCUGUGCGGGAGCAGAUUCCAGAAGAUAAGCUUUACAAAGUCUACACCUUCAACUCCGUGCGCAAGUCCAUGAGCACAGUCAUCCGCACGCCCGACGGCGGCUUCCGCCUCUUCAGCAAGGGCGCCUCGGAGAUCCUGCUGAAAAAGUGCACCAACAUCUUAAACGGCAAUGGUGAGUUACGCGGCUUUCGCCCUCGGGACCGGGACGACAUGGUGAAGAAGAUCAUCGAGCCCAUGGCUUGCGACGGCCUCCGCACCAUAUGUAUUGCCUACCGGGACUUCUCUGCUGCUCAGGAGCCCGACUGGGACAAUGAAAACGAGGUUGUGGGCGACCUUACCUGCAUAGCCGUCGUGGGCAUCGAGGACCCCGUGCGGCCCGAGGUCCCCGAAGCUAUCCGCAAAUGCCAGCGCGCUGGCAUUACAGUCCGCAUGGUGACCGGGGACAACAUCAACACAGCCCGGGCCAUUGCGGCCAAGUGCGGCAUCAUCCAGCCUGGGGAGGACUUCCUGUGCCUGGAGGGGAAGGAGUUCAACCGGCGCAUCCGCAACGAGAAGGGCGAGAUAGAACAGGAGCGUCUGGACAAGGUGUGGCCCAAGCUGAGGGUCCUCGCCCGAUCAUCUCCCACCGACAAGCAUACUCUGGUCAAAGGGAUCAUCGACAGCAACACUGGCGAGCAGCGGCAGGUGGUGGCCGUGACAGGGGAUGGCACCAAUGAUGGGCCAGCCCUCAAAAAGGCAGACGUGGGCUUUGCCAUGGGCAUCGCAGGGACUGACGUGGCCAAGGAGGCCUCAGACAUCAUCCUGACCGAUGACAACUUCACCAGCAUCGUCAAGGCCGUCAUGUGGGGCCGCAACGUCUAUGACAGCAUCUCCAAAUUCCUGCAGUUCCAGCUGACCGUCAACGUGGUGGCCGUGAUUGUGGCCUUCACGGGUGCCUGCAUUACUCAGGACUCUCCUCUCAAAGCCGUGCAGAUGCUAUGGGUGAACUUGAUCAUGGACACGUUUGCCUCUCUGGCCCUGGCGACGGAGCCGCCCACCGAGGCGCUGCUGCUGCGGAAACCGUAUGGCCGGGACAAGCCCCUGAUCUCGCGCACCAUGAUGAAGAACAUCCUGGGCCACGCGGUGUACCAGCUCGCCAUCAUCUUCACGCUGCUGUUCGUCGGGGAGCUCUUCUUUGACAUCGACAGCGGGAGGAACGCACCCCUGCACUCGCCGCCCUCGGAGCACUACACCAUCAUCUUCAACACCUUCGUCAUGAUGCAACUCUUCAACGAGAUCAACGCCCGAAAGAUCCACGGCGAGCGGAACGUCUUUCACGGCAUCUUCAGCAACCCCAUCUUCUGCACCAUUGUCCUCGGCACCUUUGCAAUUCAGAUUGUCAUCGUCCAGUUCGGCGGAAAGCCCUUCAGCUGCUCCCCCCUGUCCAUGGAGCAGUGGCUCUGGUGCCUGUUCGUUGGUGUCGGGGAGCUGGUCUGGGGACAGGUCAUCGCCACCAUCCCCACCAGCCAGCUCAAGUGCCUGAAGGAAGCAGGGCACGGGCCUGGGAAGGAUGAGAUGACUGACGAGGAGCUGGCCGAAGGGGAGGAAGAGAUCGACCACGCUGAGCGGGAGCUCCGCCGAGGCCAGAUCCUCUGGUUCCGCGGCCUCAAUCGAAUUCAGACGCAGAUCCGGGUGGUGAAAGCAUUCCGUAGCUCGCUCUACGAAGGCCUGGAGAAACCGGAAUCCAAGACCUCCAUUCAUAACUUCAUGGCGACGCCCGAGUUUCUGAUCAAUGACUACACCCACAACAUCCCGCUCAUCGAUGACACGGACGUGGACGAGAAUGAGGAGCGCCUGCGGGCCCCCCCGCCCCCGGCCCCCAACCAGAACAACAACGCCAUAGACAGCGGCAUCUACCUGACCACGCACGGCACCAAGUCAGCUACCUCGUCAGCGUUUUCUUCCAGACCCGGGAGCCCGCUCCACAGCGUGGAGACGUCCCUCUAG